AAAAAAAAAACGAUCUUUUGCAACGUUAUAAAUGUCUUUGAUGUUAAUUUUGGAUUAAUUUAAUGCGCCCGUCUCAAACAAAAAAGUACUAAUUUCUUGAAAAAAAUGUAAAUUAAAAUUAAAACUUCCUUCUGAUCAUCACACACACAAAUACAAACAUUGUCCGUCAUUAUGAAACUCUGUAUCUUCCAUCAGAGUAAUUUUCCAGCCAGUAGAGGAGGUAAUGGAGCAUUUCACAAUCAUAUUGUUUGGGGUAAACAGAGGCAGCCAUUGUCUGUUUGACACAACCUGGAUCUCCUGUAUUUAUGUAUUUGUACAUGAGACAGCGAGUAUUUAGCAGAAGAGACUGCUUCUUCGGUAUAGCUAGACACAGAAGGAAACUGUUUUACAGCAAAUCAACGACUUUUACAUUUAUUUCUUAAUGACCUUUAAGGACCUAAAGGUGCAAACAAACAGAAGGACAACUUAAUACAUCAAGCAAGUACUCCCAAAAGACAACAAAAUGCAGAAAACCGCACAUGUCCGUGCGGCGUGACAGUGGAAGUCACAGAGGGGAAGGCCAUGGAAGAUUCCCGAGCGAAUUCCUCCGGCUUGCUCUGGUCCGUUCUAAACGCCAACGAAACGAGCUCCACCUCCUCGGACGCCUACGCCACAAGCCUCCUCCUCUCCUGCAUCUACACCAUCCUGCUCUUCCCGCUCGGCCUCACGGGUAACAUCCUGAUCCUGCUGGUGAACUUUGACCCCCGGCAGCGCAUGAGCACGCCGGACCUGUACUUCACCAAUCUGGCCCUGGCCGACCUCGUGUUGGUUCUGGACUCGCUGAUCGAAGUGUUCAACCUGAGCGAGCGCUAUUACGAUGACGCGGUCUUGUGCUCGUGCAUGGCCAUUUUCCUACAGGUCAACAUGUACAGCAGCGUGUUCUCCCUCACAUGGAUGAGUCUGGACCGCUGCCUGGCGCUGACCGGCCUACGGACGCGGGCGCUGCCUGAAAACGCCUCCAUCGCGCAACACCCGCGCGCCGCACGCAGGGUUUGCGCGACCAUAUGGGCGGCGGCCACCUUGUGCACUCUCAUCCCGUUCGCUGCUGCGCACGCGCAUCACGGGUGGGGGCGUGGCUUCUGUUUCGUGGGCGUGGCUGAGGUGCAAUGGCUGGAAGUGACGUUGGGAUUCGCUCUGCCGUUUUGCGUGAUGGGGGUCUGCUACGCUUUAAUCGCGCGCGUGCUUUUGCGCUCCGAACGGCCGCAGCGAACAAAAGCUCUGCGCAUGAUCGUGGCAGCCGUGGGCGUGUUUUUUGUGUGCUGGCUGCCAGAGAACGUCUUCGUCGGCGUGCAUCUUUUGAGCGGCGACGCGGACGCCUCGCGCAGACGUGGAAACCAUACUCUGUGGCAGCGCUACCCGCUCACGGGACACGUUGUGACAUUAGCGGCCUGCGCCAACAGCUGCCUGAACCCGCUGGUCUACAGCCUGCUGGGAAACACCUUUAGACGGAAACUGCAGGUGUUUGUCGCGCACCACGUGCCGAGCCUGAGCACGCAGAACUCGAGAGCAACACCUCGCUGUCCGUGUGUAAUAUGCACAAAUGAGCACCAUUCGUGCUCGCACGAGAAUAAGGAAGAGGAAGAACGCGACCUUCAAAGCGGCGAGGAGAGUCAACAGUGUGUGUGUGAAGGAGUGGGAUAAACAUAGCCCUGUUGUAAUGAACGCUGGAAAAUCUCUUCUUUUUUAAAGAAACGGACACUUUUAUUCAGUAAGGAUGCAUUGAAUUUAUCAAAAGUGACAGAAAAUGUAUUUAAAAUAAACUUUCCAGUCUGAAAAAAAAAAUGAUCAUGGGUUCCGCUAAAAUACUAUUUGAUAAUAAUCAUAUGUGUUUCUUGAGCAAAUCCGCAUAUUAGAAUUAAUUCAUCAUGUGACACUGAAGACUGGAGUAAUGAUGCUGAAAAUUCAGCUUUGCACCACAGAAGUAAGUUUUUAUUAGUG